UUCUCCUCUUUUCUGCGUCCUGAUUGGAGGGAUUUGGAUUAAAGCAGUCCGUCUGUGCGAGGGAAAGUUUGAACUGAAGCUUCGGGAAAUAGAGAAGAGAGGAAAGAAAAGAAAGAGGCGGUGGAGCCAUGAAGGCGGCUGCAAGAACUAAAACGCCUCGUAGAUAUGUGCAAAAGAAGUCCUCCAAAGAUACUUUGAAGGACCCUGUUGGGGUGUACUGCCGUGUGCGUCCUGUGAGUGUGCCGGACCAAGAGUGCUGCAUAGAGAUUGUCAGCAGCACAACAGUCCAGGUUCAUCCUCCCGAAGGAUAUCGCAUUGUUCGCAAUGGGGAGUACAAAGAGGUCCAGUAUUCCUUUAAAGAAGUCUUUGGCACCUCUGCUACUCAGAGAGAAGUAUUUGAUGUGGUUGCUCGGCCUUUGGUAGAAGAUCUUAUCCAUGGAAAAAAUGGCCUGCUUUUCACCUAUGGCGUCACAGGGAGUGGGAAGACCCACACCAUGACAGGCUCCCCUGGUGAAGGUGGGCUGCUUCCGCGCUGCUUGGACAUGAUCUUCAACAGCAUUGGAUCUUUCCAGGCUAAACGAUAUGUUUUCAAGCUCGACGACAAGAAUGGGGUCGAUGUCCAAGGUGAUGUGGAUGCUUUGCUGGAGCGUCAGAAAAGGCAAAUACUCCAGACCCCCAAAACUCCAUCAAGCAAGCGGCAAAUAGAUCCAGAAAUUGCUGACAUGAUUAAUGUGCAAGAUAACUGCAAAGCAGGGGAAAUCGACGAAGACAAUGUCUACAGCGUGUUUGUCUCCUACAUUGAGAUCUAUAAUAACUACAUCUAUGACCUUUUAGAUGAAACCCCCAUCGACCCCACAAAGCCAAAGUGGAACACCUGUGGCACUCCAGUACGGAACCCUGAAUUUUUGCUUCCGCAAUCCAGAAGUCUCCGUGAAGAUCAGAACCACAAUAUGUAUGUGGCAGGAUGCACAGAGGUGGAAGUCAAGUCUACAGAGGAAGCCUUUGAAGUCUUCUGGAGAGGCCAAAAGAAGAGGCGCAUUGCAAACACUCAGCUAAAUCGAGAAUCUAGCCGUUCACACAGUGUCUUUCUUAUCAAACUGAUCCAAGCGCCUUUGGAUGCAGAUGGCGACAAUGUUCUACAGGACAGAGAACUGAUAAUCUUGAGCCAGUUAUCUUUGGUUGACCUGGCCGGAAGUGAGCGAACAAACAGAACAAAAGCGGAAGGAAGCAGACUGCGUGAGGCAGGUAACAUCAAUCAGUCUCUGAUGACGCUCAGAACCUGUAUUGAAGUUCUGCGGGAAAACCAAACAUAUGCCACUAAUAAGAUGGUCCCCUAUCGAGACUCAAAGUUGACACACCUUUUCAAGAACUACUUUGAUGGGGAAGGAAAAGUGCGCAUGAUUGUCUGUGUCAACCCAAAGGCUGAAGACUAUGAUGAGAGUCUGCAAGUCAUGCGAUUUGCGGAGAUCACUCAAGAAGUGGAGGUGGCUAGGCCUGCUGACAAGCCUCUCUGUGGGCUGAUGGCUGGCCGGCGGUUUAAAAACCUGGCCUUUCAGGAAGAGCUCUCCCGGCAGCUGGAGCUUCGAGGCGGACCGGUCGACAGAGAUAGAGAAAUGUCUGCCAUGGAGACACUCUUGAAGAGCUAUCCCCCAUUGCCAUCCUGUGAACUUCUGGACAUCAAUGACGACCAGACUCUUCCUCGGCUGAUUGAAGCGCUAGAAAAGCGCCAGCGCACCCGGCAGGCAAUGAGGGAAGAAUUUGCCAAAAAUGUUCUUUGUAUGAAGGGCAUGUUACAAGAACUUGAUGCCAACAUUGUCGCAAGAGAGAACUACACACAUUUACAAAUGGUCGAAAAGGACAAAAUCAUCUCAGGGCAAAAAACAGAAGUCGAACGCCUCGAGAAGAAAUCAAAAACACUUGAAUACAAGAUUGACAUCUUAGAGAAAACCACAACAAUCUAUGAGGAAGAAAAGCGCAAUUUGCAACUGGAGCUGGAGAACAAGACCCAGAAGCUCCAGCGCCAGGUGUCAGACAAGCGCCGAAUGGAGACCCGGCUGCAAGGCAUGGUGACAGAGACAACCACAAAGUGGGAGAAGGAAUGUGAGCGACGGGUGGCAGCCAAGCAACUUGAGAUGCAGAACAAGCUCUGGGUGAAGGAUGAGAAACUCAAGCAGCUGAAAGCCAUUGUUACAGAGCCCAAGGCCAUCAAACCGGAGAGGCCUUCUCGGGAGAGGGACAGAGAGAAGGCCAUGCCGAGGUCCUUGUCUCCCCCACCGGUCCCUCUUUCCAGUCACUGCGUCCCUCAGCUCCACCACAGCAACAACAACCCCCUGCUGCCAUCCACUCAAAAUCAGCCCCAGCUGCACAGGCGCUCUAACUCUUGCAGCAGCAUUUCGGUGGCCUCCUGCAUCUCGGAAUGGGAGCAGAGGACGCCCACUCAUGGCAGCAAGCACCCCGGCAUGGCCAGAGACAGGAAUAGACCUCAAGAGCCAGAGCAAGCAGGGCCCUCCUCACUCGUGACAGAGCGGCGGCGGGGCAUAUGCUGGAGCAGAGGCCCUGAGAGUGGUCAAGGAGCUACAGAGGCAGACGAGGAUUUCUGCUGCAGGAAUGCUCCACCAGUCCGGCUGCGUCACCGGCGCUCCCGCUCAGCUGGGGAGAGGUGGGUUGACCACAAGCCCCCCUCCCACCUCCCAAUGGACACUGUCAUGAAGCCCCACGUGCCCCAUGCUAUCACAGUGACUGCUGCCAAUGAAAAGGCCCUGGCCAAAUGCGACAAGUACAUGCUGACCCACCAGGAACUGGCUUCGGACGGGGAGAUCUCCACAAAGCUGAUCAAGGGUGACGUUUACAAGACCCGAGGAGGUGGACAAGCCGUCCAGUUCACUGAGAUUGAGACUCUGAAACAAGAAUCUCCAACAGGCCGCAAGAGACGCUCUUCUCCCAUGAGCCCGGUGCCUCCGGAUGAAGCCACAGAAUCCGAAUGGACCGAUGUGGAGACGAGAUGUUCAGUCGCUGUGGAGAUGAAGGCUGGCUCACACCUGGGCCCUGGAUAUCAGCACCAUGCUCAGCCCAAGUUCCGGCCACCAUGCAGUGGAGGUGUUCCAUUCGGCUCAGGGGAAGAACAAGGCAGUUUUACCAGAUGAGUUAAACAGGCAGGAAAGAGAGUCAGUCUUGGAGGUAAAAUUAUAUAGACAAAUAGUUAUCGAAAGGUUCCCUUCAAACAGGAACUCAGGGAGACCUGACAGAUAGAGCGGAUUUCAAAGGUGGGCAACCUCUUUGGGGUUGAGUUUGGUUUUGCCUGCACUACUUGUUCUUUUUGCCUCAAAGUAGGAGGUGACAUUUUCUAGCUAGGAAAGGCCAUCUCCCUCUUUUUUUCCCCUCUCCCUUUUUUUUGGGGGGGGGGGUGACAUCCUGUCACCUUCCAGGUGUUGGUCUGCAAUGAUAUGUAUUUACCCUACAUUUAUGUCCCAUGUGGUUGAGGUAUGAAGUUUGUGGCUCUGCUUUAUCCCCUGAGUCCCAAGGCCACCCAGUCCACUUCAUUGCACAGCAGGGACUUUGGUGAAGGAAACCCACCAUGUUUUGCUGUAGUUUAGAUCAAUUCUGAGGGUUGGGGUGAUGGUCUGGCCUUUACCCCUUCCUGAGUCCAAAGGAAAUGGGGCUGUUUCAUUCUUAACUCCUUUAUGGGAUGAUGAACACUUGUAGGGGCUUGGCCCAGCUUCUCUGCUUGUUCCCAGUUGUGCUUCUCCACCCAGUCCAUUGAGAGCUGGAAUUUCUAGAGGAAAUGGAGGCCUUCUCCUUUUCUUCUUCUUCCUCUUCUCUUUAUACCUCGCCCUUCUUGAGGAUACUCAAGCCAGCUAACAACCACAAACUUUGAUCAAUUUAAAGCAAAGUGAGUGCAAAAGUUUAAGAAACAAAUAAAUCUCAUGAGGGCCAGGCUCCAAUUCGGCUUUAGGCAUUUUAGGCAGCUCCAGGGUGCCACAGCAUCUGGGUGCAUGGGAAGAGGAACAUUUUAUAUCUGCUUACAAACCAACCUACCACAAUCAACCUUCUUUUGAACUACAUGUUUUCC